UGGAAUAGGGCGGCUCCGGCUCCGCCGCUGUCGACGAGAAGGGGGUUGGCAACAGGACGGGGUCCUGGAUAAUUAAUGUCCGGUGCUUAAAUGAAUUGAGAACUUCAUAGACUUGCUGGCCUUGUACUGAACCAGGUAUAAACCGGAAAUGUUGAAAGACGUUCUAGAAGACAUGUUCAGCAGUUGUUGACUUUGGUGUUUGGCAGUCAAAUCCAAGUCAUAUGAGCACUCCUGCAUGACUGGCCCGAUGUUAAUGCAGGACGGAGAGAACAAGCUUGUUGCAGUAUUUGGAGGAAAUCAAACCAGUGACCAUGGCACUGGGAACAGCAUGGAAACAGAUGUCUUGGCUUUACUACCAGUAUCUGUUGAUUACUGCACUCUACAUGUUAGAACCCUGGGAAAGAACCAUAUUCAACUCCCUAUUAAUAUCUAUUGUUGGGAUGGCUGUAUACACCGGUUAUGUGUUUAUGCCUCAGCAUAUUAUGGCAAUAUUGCACUACUUUGAGAUUGUUCAAUGACUGCCUUAAGCCAGAAUGAAGACCAGAAACACACAAGGGAGAAAGAAGGUUCCUCUUCAAUGACUGGUUGGUUUUAAAUAACUGUCAAGAAUGCUGUUGAAGAUCAACCUUGUUGGACUAUAAAGGAAGUAGAAGUUUAUAGCGUGGCAAAUCAAAAUGGUGUGGAGUGUAUUUCUUGGUUUUGUAUUUAUUGUUUUAAUAUGCAUUCUUGCAACAUAAUGAGGUGCCCUUGUUUGUUAAUCUAGUUAUUAUAUUUACUAAUGUGAGUGCUUUAAUUGCCUUUGAUAUUGUGCACAUUGCAUUGUGAAUGUGUUAGUUGUACAUUUUUUAAGAAAAAUGUCAAUUGGUGUGAAGCAUUCCAUAUAUACAUAUAAGUAAUUCAAGUAAACUUGGACCUAAGAUUGAUUAAAUAUUUGGUAAUGUCAAGCUAUAAAGAAAACAAAUUUUUAAACUUUUUUGAGCUUUUUGGCAGUUGAAGAUCUAAUUGGAAUUUUCACGAGAUGCAUAUUUUGAAGUAUGUUUCAUUUUUAAUACCAUUUGUGAAGUGAUCUUGCUCACCUAUAAGACUUGUAUAGAAUUCUAAAUAAUGUCAUUUUUUGGUGUUCUACAAUUCAUACUAAAUAUAAAAUACUUGUGAUGA